AUGGCUACCAUCUCCCGCCAACCCUUCGCGCCCCUCGAUGGAGCAAGACUGCAGAACCUGACGAGCAUCAAAAAUAGACAGAAUGCCAUUUCUCCUGCUUCCGGCGCCAAGCGCAAGGCCUCCGACGUAGAAACCGACGACUUCGAAAAUGUCGAUCCAUCCGUGUUUUCUAAGCGAUCCAAGGGCCUCGACAGCUUCUUCCCCUCCAAGGACUCCCUCAAGCCGUCUUCCUUUAUCCUGAAAAAGGCCGCGCCUCUGGCCGAAAGCCCCGCGUUGACCAGCUCGAAGCCGACUCUCCCCCGCCCUCGCAGUCUGCUGCAGCCCAAGUCGCCCGCUGCCAGAAUCAACGCCGGCAUUGUCAAGUCGUCCCCGCUCUCCGCGCCCGCCGGCCGCUCGCCGACCCGUGGCAAGCGCUCUGGCCUCCUCUCCAGCCGCCGCCGGACUGCCGGCCCCUACACCCGUGUAGACCCGCCCAUGUUCAACCUGUCGUCUACGUCUUCUGGUGCUGCUCCUUUCAGUCUUGAUGCCGCCCUCAAGGGCACCAUCCCUAGCUAUGCCGCCCGUUCGUCUGUCGCCUCGUCUUCGCGCAGCGCGCCCAAAGAGCUGCUUGAGCCCGAGAUGAAGUCUUCAUGGUUCUUUGACAUUCACGAGGACACUCCCGAGCAGGAGAUGACCAACAUGCUUCAGCACGGUACCUGCGUCCUCGACAUUAGCUCCGAUGAGGAGAGCGAGCGCAAGCUCAGCCUGGAUCGCGCCGAAGGUCGUGAUAAGGAGAAUGUGCCGCCAUCAGAUGAUGUCAGCCAAACCUCGGCCAGACGCUCCGCCCGCCGCGCAAGCGAGGACGAAAUGAUCUUUGAAAAGGAGAGGACAGCACUGGGCGAGAUGGACGCCAGCGAGUUCUACGCUCUCGGCUGCGACGAGUCAUCGGUCAUUAUCAUCCCAGCUGAUGAGGACGAAGAGGAGGAGCCUGCUGCUUCCGCCCCAGUUCCCGAGGUGCACGACUGCCCGCCUGAAGUCCAGGCCGAGUCGGACGAGCCCGUCGUUGAGUCCAGAGAUGUCGAUGACCUGAUGGGCAAGUCUACUGAGCCAGCAGCCAAUGCAGCUGUUCUUGAGCCUAUAGAAGGCACCGGGGAGAGUUUUGAGCUCUGGGAGAGCGGGAGCGCAAAAGAUGACGCGGAAGUAGUUGCUGCUACUUCGGAGUGCUGA